AUGUCAAGAUCAUAUCCAGCGGAUACAAGAUCACAAAAAGUUUUAGAAGAAUUAUAUGAAAAAGAAACUAUAUCACAAUUGAAUUGGUUUUUAAAAUGUCAAGAAGCUAAGAAAUUAGAUGAUUCCACUUUAUUGACAACAUCAAAUAUGAUGGAUAGAUCUGUGCCGAAUAUAUCAACUAUUUUAUCAAAAUUAAAUAUAAAAAAUAAUGAAGAAGAUCUUAUGAAAGAAUCGAAUGAAAUUGUUUCCAAUGAUGAUAAUGAUAAGAUAAUAGAAGGAGAGAAUAAACAAGAAUUAACUAUUGGACCAGAUAUGUUUAAACCAUCACCAGAAGUAUUGAAAUUAUUAUAUGAAGGAAUAUCAAAAGAAGGUAAAGGACGGAAUCUUUAUCUUCAUGAUCGUUAUAAAUUAAAUUUAGAAGAUAAAUUCCAAUUUCCUGUACUUAGUUCAAUGGAAUAUGGUUGGGGUCAUGCUGAUUUAAUUAGUAAAUCAACUGCACAAUCUAGAAAAUUUGGACGUCAAUGUGUUAUUGAAGAUUCAUUUUAUCGACGAACUGGGAUACCAUUUAAACAUGGAGCUGGAAUGAUUGGAUUAGAUAAAUAUAGUUUUUAA